CCCAUACGUCACGGGAUCACUCUCGCGGCUGGCGCCGUCCCUCCUCGUGGAUUUAUCUACCGCAUGAGCGAAGAGGAACUCGAGGUGCUUCGCGCACAACUCGAUGACCUUCUCGACAAGGGCUGGAUUCACCCUAGUUGCUCGCCAUACGGCGCCCCUGUUCUCUUCGUGCAGAAGAAGAACAAAGAUCUACGGUUAUGCAUCGAUUAUCGGAAACUUAACGCACAAACCGUAAAGAACGUCGGCCCUCUCCCUCGGAUUGAUGAUCUUCUUGAGCGGUUAGGCGGCGCGACGUACUUCUCGAAUUUGGACUUGAAGUCAGGUUACCACCAGAUUGAAAUCCAGCCUCAAGAUCGGUACAAAACUGCGUUCAAGACACAGUACGGGCAUUUUGAGUGGGUUGUAAUGCCAUUUGGCCUCACCAAUGCCCCCGCAACUUUCCAAGCAGCGAUGACGACUGAGUUCCGCGACUUGCUCGAUCGCAGCGUCCUCAUUUACCUCGAUGACAUCUUGGUUUACAGUAGGACGUUGGACGAGCACAUCGUACACCUUCGCGUUGUUCUGGAUCGUUUGCAAUUAGCCAAGUACAAAGCGAAUCUCGACAAGUGCGAGUUCGCCAAGCAAGAGCUUGAGUACUUAGGUCAUUUUGUCACGCCGAAAGGCAUUCGUCCCUUAGCGGACAAGAUCCAAGCCAUCGUGGAUUGGCCGGAACCUCAUUGCACGACGAAUUUACGCUCUUUCAUGGGUUUGGCUGGAUAUUAUCAGCGAUUCAUCGAGUCAUAUUCGAAAGUGGCCGCUCCUUUGUCAAGACUCCAGUCCCCAAAGGUGCCCUUCGAGUUCGACGACGCAGCCCGUGGCGCGUUCACUACGUUAAAGGCAGUGAUGCAAGCCRCACCUGCCCUCCGUAUAUACGACCCCACCCUACCCACCCAAGUGACUACGGACGCUUCGGGAUACGGYAUUGGUGCGGUGUUGGAACAGUGUCACGAGGACGGUUGGCAUCCGGUCGAGUACUUCUCCCAAAAGGUGCCCCUCGUCAACACUCUAGACGACGCUAGGAAGAAAGAGCUACUCGCGUUCGUCACCGUUCUCAAACGGUGGCGCCACUUUCUUCUCAGCCGUCGGCGUUUUAAAUGGAAUACGGACAACAAUCCGUUGACCUUUUACAAAACGUAGGAUACGGUCACUAGUACGAUCGGUCGAUGGAUGUAUUACAUCGACCAAUUCGACUUUGACCCGUGCCACAUUCCCGGUC